GUGAGAAAUAAUGGAUAUAUUUGUUUGCCGAGACAGACACUCUGAGAGCUCGUUAAACACCAGAUAAGAGGAAUCUGAUGGAGAGAUGCUGCAUGACAUGAGGUUAGCCGCUUUCACUUUUUACGCUCUCUCUCUCCUCCUGGGCAGUGACACCACCACCACCACCACCACGACACCUCUCCCUCCUUCUCCAUCACUCCCAUAACCCCUCCUCCUCCCGUACACCUCCUCCUGCUCCAUUCAAUUCUCAGCUCUCACUCUCUCUCUCCAGCUCUCUCUCUCUCUCUAGCUCUCUCUCUGCCUACCAGCCUGUCUCCAGUCAGAAUUAGAGGAGGCUUUUUUCUAAAUGCAUGCCGCUCUGAGGGGGAUGCACAGGCACAUGAAUAUUGUGAUCUUUAUCUGCUGAAAAUGAGGCGAAAAGCACAUAAACGGGUCAUCACAGAUAGCCAACUCCUAUCUGCCUCCCCAGGCAAGACUUAGAGCUUUGACUGCUGGUUUGUGGUUAUAGAGUUCAAACUUGGCUUCGACAUUCAGCCGGCCAGCAACAGCAGCAGCGGCGGCGGCGACUACACACAAAUGAGUGCGGAGGUAGAGAGUAAAAUAUGAAAAAGAUAUAUAUUGGCAAAACUGCCCUCAAAACUCAGAGAAAUGGUUGCAAACAUCAGAAAAGAAGCUCUUUCCACGACCACAAGGACGACCUCCGUAAGCGCCUGUCGUACACCACCCACAAACUAGAGAUGGUGGAGACGGAGUUCGAUUCCACCCGGCAGUACCUGGAGACGGAGCUGCGGCGGGCCCAGGAGGAACUGGAGAAAUUCACGGAGAAACUGCGCAGGAUCCAGAGUAGCUAUGCAGCUCUUCAGAGGAUCAACCAGGAUUUGGAGGACAAGAUGCACAGGACGUCCCACCACCAUGAGGAGGAAAAGAGAGCCCUCAGCCGGGAAAUAAUCGUCCUCAACAACCACCUCAUGGAGGCAAAGAUCACCAUCAAUAAACUCAGAGAGGACAACGACCUGUACAGGAAAGACUGCAACCUGGCAGCCCAGCUGCUGCAGUGCUCCAAGUCUCACUACCGAGCACACAAGAUGUCUGAGUUGCCACUGGAUUUCCAGGAACGCAUCAGUUCCCACAUGGAGAAACAUAAUCGGGGAAGCGGAGCCACCAUGGCAAUGUGCCACUCCAAUUACUCUGACGCUGUGCCCACAUCUAUAAUUGCCAAGGUCCUGGAAAAGCCAGAACCAGGAAGCAGUUGUCCUGUAACACGCUCACCCAGCCCGCAGCCACAGGAAUCAGACUUUCUUACAGGAACAGGAAGCACUGACCACCUGAAUCGCCGCAUUGCAUACAAGUCCUCUGACCUGUACUGCAGUGAUACCGCCCUCUAUUGCCCCGAACGAUGGCAGGAUACAGAGCGCAGGCAGAGCGUCGACCUUCACGGCACAAGUCUGCUCCAGCUUCACGCCCAGAACUCCACCAACAGCAAUCCAGAAGAAGAGGCCUACCAUUCUGGGAGUUUCUCCCACCAUGAGCCCCCACCGUCCUUCCAUCACCACGAUGAGUUCGGCACUGGUAGCCUCCCCGCCUCCAGUUCCUACUCUAGCUUCAGCCUCGCAUCGGAUGAGAAGGGAGGUGUGAGUGGUGGUUGUGGACAUACUGCCAGCAGCACCUUAUCCUCUUCCCACCAGGGUCUCUACAUGGAAUGGCGAGAUGGUGGCAGUGCGGACUACGGGCGCAAAGGCAUGUCGUCUUAUGACAAAGACAGCCCAAGCUUCCCCAAGUCUCUCAGCAUCCAGCACAUGGUGACUCCCAGGAGCCCGCAGAAGGGCACCUCACCCGGGUACACAAGGACGGCUUCAUGCUUCAGUGAACCAUACCAUUCCAGCACCCCUCGCCUGGCCUCCUCUCAGAGCAUGGGGUCCACAACUGGACUGGGCCUGGCUCAUGGGGCGGCUCGUGACAGCCGAGGUGACAUCCGCGUCCCUGAGGAUGACCUCAGCAGCCGCUGGAGACAGCUCAGCGUGGAAGACAUCAACACGUUCUCGUCUUCCUACCGUGACAUCGCUGGGCGAGUCUCUCCAUACAGCUUCUCCGAGCACCACUUUGCCAUGGGCCCCUCCAGUAAGGUCAAGGGUUCUCUCUACAGCAGCUUCCAAGAAGGAGACGACGUCUUCCACAGCCAUGUGCUGGACCAGUGCUUUGCUGUUUCCCCUUCACCCAGCCGCAGUCUGAAGCCGAUGGAGCAUCGUAAGCAGGAGAAAACUUCUGUGCUGUAUAGAGCCAAGGAUGACAGUCAGGACUCCGAGUGCAGUCUGUUCCUCUCAGGGAGCUCUAAGGAGAAGGAGAGUGGUGGGGGAGCGAUGGCGGCAAGCAGUGCCAAGAAGGACUACAUAAAUCUGAGUGCAGACAGCUCGGCCGAGUCCUUACACCAAAGCUCCCUCGAAGCCUCAAGUCUUCAACACUACCCCAGCCCAAGGCCGAGCAUCCGGCCUCGCCCGAGCUCCAGCUCCGCUCUCAGUGUCGGCCCCGCACUCCCAAAGAAGACCUCUCCAAGAUACCAAAAAUUUGGCAGCACGGGACUGACAAGGAAGGACAGUUUGACCAAGGCACAGCUUUACGGUACACUGCUGAACUGAGCAGCUGGAAGAGAGCUUUUUAUUUUAUGCAUGAUGAUGAUGAUGAUGAUUCCUAACUUACUGUACUGUAUGUCUCAACAGUUCCCUGCAGCAAACACAUACUUGGUGUCUUGAGGUAUUAAGAUGUUGUUGUUUUAUGUAUCUCUUAGCCAAGGCACGUUUCAUGCAGUCUGCAACACUUUUUCUAUUGUAUGUCAUGCAAUGGUGUAGCUACCCGAGACCAGCUAAUCAGUAUUUUGUGUUUCAGCGGUAAUGAUGAUAAUUAGAGCCACACUACACGACCGUACUGUGCUCUUUUUUCUUUUCUUUUUUUUAAGUGUUAAGUACUGUUAGUAAAACCAGCAAAAGACCAUUAAUUCCUGCACCAAUAUACACAGUAUAGAUAAUGGACUAAAGCGUCUGAAAUGGGGUGACUUAAUUACACAUGUUUGGGAGAGGGAAGUUAUCCAUUAUGUAUAGUGGACCCAGCUGACUGCAAGCUGUUAAAAAGAUUUAUUCAUUCUUUAUUUUCUUUUAAACAAAAUGCAUGCUGUAUAAUGCAUAUAAAUAAGAUGGGAAAAACACUUUCCCAGCAAAAUUGUUUCUCAUAGGGCCAUUAUCUCUAAACACCACUUACUACAAAGGAUGUUUUAUUAACAUUAAUUGGGUAGACGAUGUGUAUUUUAUUCAAAUGAAAUGUAAUAUUUAUAGCCAAGACACAACAAUUUGGAUUUUGAAAGUUCCUUCCUGAUGCUUGAUUCCACAAUCCCUGAUUUUGUUUGUUGGUAUAAUAGCUCUAUAUGAGUCUAACAUACUAUUACGAUAGAACUGCAAGAUUUUUAGUGUUAUUCAGCUUGAAGUUUUCUUAUUUUUGUAUCAAAAUGAGGUGUUAAAUCUGAGGCUAUAUUGCACAGAAGUUACUCUCAUACCAGGACACUUGUGAACUUGCCUUAAUCCUGUUCAGAGGACAAAAUGGUCUCCUUUACAGCAACUAACAACUGUGUACAUACUGUAUAUCUGCCGUAUAGUUACUGUACGUAUACGCUACUAUUACCGCUCUUCCUGUCAGAAGUAACACACACGCACGCACACUGCAUACGCACACACACAACCAGUUUCUUGGAAAAGGAUUAAGUCUGUUCUUACUCUAUUUUUCACUGGAGAUUUCCAUUGAAAUUAGUUUUAUUUUAAGACAAUGAGGCUUAAUCCCUGUCUGAAAAUCUGGCACACACAGCCAAAAUUUCUACGCCGACACAAACUCUUUAAACACUUUUGGCACUACUCGCUCAUACCAAAACAAACAGUGCUGUUUUUUUCAGUUUUCAGCAGAGAUGAACUGGAAAAGUGCACCGAGAAGGCAGAAGGAAACGACUGAUUAAAGAAAAAAAAAUGUACAGUCAGUGUGUUGCUCUUAAACCAGCAUGCUCAAUUAGGAUUUUUUUUCAGAGAAAACACUGUGAAAAUAGACAAAGCGUGUAUAUACGUACAUAGUAAGUGGCAAAAGCAUGCUGACCUGUUGGCAAAUAAAACAAAUUAAAAUAAGACCCUGCCUUAUGUUAAAUUGGAGUUGAACUGCUGCACAAUCAUCUGCAACUAUCCCUAGUAUAGACUGGGACAAAACGACAUUACUCAAACAUGUGGGUGCCCUUUGACACGAUAUCACUUGAAGGAUUUCUUCCUGCCUGCGUGGCUCUAUAGAUCUGACAGGAAUGGCGACAGGGAUAAGCUUCAUACUGUAAAGGAACUCAAGUUAAUCUUGAAUAGAUUUUUUUCUGGAAGGCCAUGCACCUCUCCCAUUCCUGCAGAUCUGGGAACUGGCUUAAGGCUGUUUUUCUUUUUUCUUUUUUUUUUAAGAUUUCAAUACUGCAUCUCUUCUUUUUGACCUUAUUGUGUUCAUGAAGGUAAAAGCUGACCACACAAGGCACAAAAGGUCUACGGUCAUAUUCUCAUUUGGAACAAAGGUAAAAAGUGUCAAAAGGGUUUAAAAGGCUUGGAACUUUACCACUGUACAGAGGGACAGAGGAUAUAGGGUAUUUUGCUGUGGACAUAAUGUAUAAAAUGAGAUACUACAUACGCGAUAUUACACUAGGACUAUUUUUUAUCCACUUUCAGUUGAUGUUAUAUUUAUUGAAUGUCUUGACCCUGAAUGAAGAGGCUGAAGCAGUUCUGUCCUGUCCUACCUCCAGCCCUGUUCCAGGAACAACAGGCCAGCUGUCUAAAUGUCAACAUGUCCGUCUGUCUGAUGCAUGGUUAUAUAUUUUUGCUGUAUGUUUAUUUCCUUAAUAAAGAUGGGUGUUGGGAAAUACAUAAUGGUUGUUUUACAUUAUUUAUUUUGAGAAACUUAAACCCUUAACCUGCCUCUGUAUUGUUUUUAUACAUUAUUCAGAUUUGAGGCAACAAGCUGACACUUAAUUAAUGUCAUCCAAAAUUCUUGGAGUUGUUUAAUGUUACCCUGGCUGCUGAACUUCUGCUGAUCAAGCCAUUUUAAUUUCAAACUACUUUCUGUCUAACUUCUCAGUGGGCUACUAAAUUUAAAGGUGCCAUAUUAUACUGUCAGAUUUCCAAAAACACUGUAUUUGAAAUGCACUGCCCCAAACCCAUCCGUGGUCCUGAAUUUCGGCUGUCUGAAAGUCGC